CCUGCGCCAGAACGGCUGCCUCGCUCCCGGAAGUGGAGGAUCUGCGCGAAGAUAGCUGCUGGGUUUGGGUGCCCGGAGGCAGAAGCGCUCGCGGAGCUCGCCCGUCAGCCCCCGACCGCCAUGUCGGCCUUCGACGCUAACCCCUUUGCGGACCCAGUGGACGUGAACCCCUUCCAGGACCCCUCUGUGACCCAGCUGACUAAUGCCCCGCAGGGAGGCCUGGCCGAAUUCAACCCCUUCUCAGAGACAAAUGCAGCAACAACGGUUCCUGUCACACAGCUCCCCGGGCCCUCGCAGCCAGCAGUCCUCCAGCCCUCAGUGGAGCCAACUCAGCCAACCCCCCAGGCUGUAGCCUCUGCCGCCCAGGCAAGCCUGCUCCGGCAGCAGGAAGAACUGGACAGGAAAGCAGCUGAACUGGAACGCAAGGAGCGGGAGCUGCAGAACACAGUGGCCAACUUACAUGUGAGGGAGAACAACUGGCCGCCCCUGCCCACGUGGUGCCCUGUCAAGCCCUGCUUCUAUCAGGAUUUCUCCGCGGAGAUCCCUGCUGACUACCAGCGGAUAUGCAAGAUGCUCUACUAUCUCUGGAUGUUGCAUUCAGUGACUCUGUUUCUGAACCUGCUUGCCUGCCUGGCCUGGUUCUUAAUUGACACCACCAAGGGAGUAGACUUCGGCCUCUCGAUCCUGUGGUUUGUGAUCUUCACCCCCUGUGCCUUCCUUUGUUGGUACCGACCCAUCUAUAAGGCUUUUAGGUCCGACAACUCUUUCAGCUUCUUCGUGUUCUUUUUUGUAUUUUUUUGUCAAAUAGGGAUCUACAUCAUCCAGUUGGUAGGCAUCCCUAACCUGGGGGACAGUGGUUGGAUCGCAGCCCUGUCUACACUGUCCCAAGACCUGGCUGUGUCGAUCAUCAUGAUGGUGGUGGCUGGCUUCUUCACCCUCUGUGCCGUGCUCUCACUCUUCCUCCUGAAGCGGGUGCACUCCCUGUACCGCCGGACAGGGGCCAGCUUCCAGCAGGCCCAAGAGGAGUUUUCCCAGGGCAUCUUCAGCAACAGGACCUUCCGCAGCGCCGCCUCGUCUGCUGCCCGAGGAGCCUUCCAGGGGAAUUAGUCCUCCUGACUCUCCUCCCUCUGCCCCAGGCUUUUCUCUCGCCUGCCUUCUGAGCUGCACUUUCCGUGGGUGCCUUAAGCAGUGAUUAUGCCCAGCACAGACCUGGGGAGGGUCUUGCCCAUGGCUCUUCCUCCUUCCUCAGCAACCAGCUCUCCCUUCCACCU